AUGCGGCACCUUAGAGCAGUGCUUUCAGCCGCCACGUCCAUCCAGCGCGUGUGCACCUGGACGUCUUCCCGAUGCCACGCCGUCUUCUUGAUUAGUAGGAAGAAGGCACAGCUGGACCAGGCCGCCCAUUCCUGCUCGUCAGCGCAGCUUUCCCUCCUUCCACACCUGGAGUGCUGGUGCUGGAAUAUAGACAGGAACCAAACAGACAUAAAUCCUUGCCCCCGUGGAGCUAACCUUCAGCUAGAGGAGACAAACAAUGAGAGGGACAGAGGGAGCAUGUGUGUGUGUUGGGGGGUGGGUGGAGUUCAGAAUGUAAUUGUGGUUGUAACAGGAGCAACACAUCUUAAGAAGCCACUGAUGGAAAAGUCUCCCCUUUGGAAAGACCAUCUCCCCUCCCAUCAUCUCCAUCCUGUAGAGAGGAAAACCCAGGCUUGGUGUUGGCAGUCAGGUAGUUCAUCAGAACUGAAACCACCUAACCAGCUCCGCCCCCUGCCGACUGGAAGCAACCAUGACGAUGUGCUCAGAGCCCUUGCAGAGGUGUGCUGUGGUCUCUCUGAGCUCAUCACGGCACCUUCCUAUGCAGGAGUUUCAAUUCAAGGUCAUUUUUGGUUCCUUUUCAGUAGCAGACGCAGAACCAGAUCUAUUCAAGUGUAG